CACGCCAACAGAAAACCUUUUGCUUGAUACAUUUGGUUCCUCAAUACAAGCUCCUGGUGAAAAUUAUGGCCUCCGAGUUCAGUUUCUUUUUAAGUCAGAAUGUACGCCCACUAAAAAGGGACUAGAACUAUAAAAAAGUACAGUGGUGUUUGACAAGACAUGAAAAUUCAAACCCUAAGUAUUUGUGAUUAUAAGUUAUCUUGACGGAGGAUCCUAAUAACAACGAGCGAGCAGACAACUUCACAGGGACAUACUCAGCAUCCCUAUUUCUUACUGCAGGACCUUGUCUUCAUAGUUGGGUGAUGCGGAAGUUCAAAGCACUCGGAGGAGGUGGAGCACAACUGUAAUUCUGAAGGGAGGGUACUAAAGCAAAAAACACGUGAAACGAAACUUAAGAUUCCCGGGUUAGUAAUUUCGAAACUGCAUAUUUUUCGGUUGUAUUUUCGAGUUUUCAUUUCUUUUCUCCUUACUGUUCUGCAAAACGGACCGUCUUGGAUGUUAUGAAGAAUAGUAGCUGAUUACAUUUUGAAGCACUUGUGGUCAGUGGUCAUUCUGAAGAUGCACGGGGAAUAUACCAGACUGAGAACAGCAGCCUUUCAUCCAUGUCUGAGACAAACAGCUUGCCUCCAGAUCUUGCGCCUGAAGUACAAUCUCCAGAACUUUCUAACCAAUCAGUUAGCCUGGGAGUAGUCAGUGAAAAUCAACAUGAAAAUAGGCAAAAUAAGAAAAAAAGAAGAAAGAAAAAGAAGAAAAAUCCAGCUUCUGUGCAACAGUCUGCAAGUUUAUUUUUUUCAGAUUCGUCAGCCGACUACUAUUGUGCACCUGAAGAAGCUUCCAAAAUGAAGCAUACUUCUGAAGAGUAUCAACCUGAACAAGCAGGUGGUGUUUCAGAACCUUCAGAGUCCGCUGUAGACUGUUGUAUUAAUUCAGGAAGCUUAGACCAAGGCGAGAAGGAAAACCAAAGUCACACAGUGCACCAAUUCUCAAGUUCAGCAAAUUGUAAGGCUGCUAAAGACACUGUCAGUGCAAGUAAUACAGAACAGAAGCCUAUUUCUGAAGACCGUAGUAAAAAGUGUGGUGUUGAGAAGAGUGAGAGCUCUAGCAAUACAGAACAGAAGCCUGUUUCUGAAGACAGAAGUAAAAAGUGUGGUGUUGAGAAGAGUGAGGGCUCUCGCAAUACAGAACAGAAGCCUGUUUCUGAAGACGGAAGUAAAAAGUGUGGUGUUGAGAAGAGUGAGAGAUCUAGCAAUACAGAACAGAAGCCUGUUUCUGAAGACCGUAGUAAAAGGUGUGGGGUUGAGAAGAGUGAGAGAUCUAGCAAUACAGAACAGAAGCCUGUUUCUGAAGACAAAAGUAAAAAGUGUGGUGUUGAGAAGAGUGAGGAGGAAACUGUAGAACAUUCAAAAUCUCAUGGAGAUGAGAAUCCUCCAACUUUGGAAAACGAUACUAAAAUUAUCCAGGAUGUAAAGGAAAAGGAAGAUGAUUACACUGCUGCUGUUUGUGAUUCAGAAUCAAUGUCCGAGACACAUUCCAGGUCAAAAAAUGAUCAGACUAUAGCUGAAGCUGAUUGUAAACUGGGUUCUUCGAAACAAGAUCAUCUGAUUGCAGUUCAGGAAGAAACAAGAGAGACAGGCAAAGUCAAGCCAGAACAAAAAGACUCCAAGGGUGUAAAAAAUAAACCAAAAGCAGGAGCUGACCAGAAGCGAGAUGAUAAACUUGAGUCUGAGAAUCAAAGCAAGGCUGGUGCCCCACAACCAAAGACAUCUGAGGAUGGAAGUAUAGAGAGCAGCAGUAAUCUUACAGAAGGAGAAAAGUCCGACAGCGGAGAUGAGUUCUCAAGCAAGGCUACUGUUAAAGAAGAUGUCUCUGGGCAAAAAAGGAAAAAGGAUAUUGAUGAGAAUGUUGCAGCUUCGAGCAAUCAAACCAGCAAGAAGAAUAAAAAGCAACAGAAAAAUGAGUCGGCUGCUGCAAAGAGAAAUGAAUUUCCCAGUGCACCAAAGACAGAGGGUGUGACGAUAUAUUUCCAUGCGGUGCUGUCAAAGGACUUCAAAAUUGAUAUAGAAAAAGACAAAGUUGUCAUUCGGUCAGAUAAACUUGCUGAAAAUUGGAACAUUGAUGUCACUGAAAUGAAUUUGUCACGGGAACUUGGAGAACAUGGCUUCCUCAUAGAAGGCCAAACUGUGGUUCCCAAAGAACUUUUGAAUCAAAACAUUCCAUACAAGUACUACAUCAAGUCUAAAAAUAAGUCAUAUGAAUUCAUUUAUAAAUGUGACGCAUCUGAAGGAGUACAUGUGAACCGCUGUUUGCGCAUAGUUUCCAAACAUCUGAAUCAAGGAGGAGAGUGGCAUCAGUAUGAUGACAUCAUCUGUGCACAGCCAAGUGGUGGCAUGCAUCAGUGGAUAAGAUGGAUAAGAACAAAGCUAGACCUGGAGAAAAAAAGGGUGAUGGAUGGUGUUGUCAAUGGAAAGAAAAUAGCAGGGAGGAUCAUGCUGGAGUCCAUUUUCAAUAUUCUGACGGUGUGGAACACUGUAAAUUUAAAAAGCUUUCAUGAUCAGCUUCAUCAAUUUUUCUUUGUUUAUUCAAACCCUAUGGUGUAUGAAAAUGUGGGGAAAAAGUGGAAUGAUCUGCAUUUUGGUAGUGAAGAGGUGAAGGAAUUGUUGCAGAAUUGCAUACAAAAGAUGGUUAUGCCAUUUCUUGAAUCAGAUUCCAACUGCACUGUUCAAAAAGAUGCAAUAGUAAACAAUCGGCUGAAGGCAGGACUUUUAAGUCUUAUCUUAACUAUUGAAUUUGAUCUCUUGAAAUCCAAGGAAGAUGUCCACAAAGUGUGCAAGCUUUUGUGUAUUGUACAAGGAAAGAAAGAAGAACUUUGCAAGGAGUUGCUGGAGUUGAAGGAAGUGUUUUCUGUUAUUCCAAGAAUGUCACAAUACUUGACUCAGCUGUGCCAAAAAGGCAUCGAGGAUGACAUUGACUCAUGGAUCUUAGUGCUUCCUAUACUUCAUCUUUUCUCUCUACACUUAAAACCAUUCCAACCACUUUCAGCACAAGAACUGUUUAAAUUACCUGAUGUUUGGGCUGGUUUACAAGGAAUCCCCUUUGCUGAUUUUAGAAGCAAGAAGAAGUAUAUCUUUGGGAUUGUUCAUCUGCAUUAUGGCCUGAAUUUUUCAGAAGAUGCCAUGCAGAACAAAAAACUUGUUUCAUUAGCUAAUCAACACCUAGAGAGUGCACUGAAGGCUACAAGACUGUGGAUUAAAAAUAAACUAAAUAAGCCUUUAACAACGUCUUACUGGGGUGACUCAUUGAAAAAUGAGCUUGGUAUGUGGGAUACAUUUGCUGGCUUGAACUUCAGAAAUGAACACUGGGAAACAUUGCUGAUGUCUGACCUGGAAGGAAGGAUUAAACAGGUGGAUCCUGUUUCCUUGAUUUCAUUGUACUGCAAAGAGUAUGAUACACUAAACAAGCUGAACAGUUUGAUAUCUGGAUGUUUUGAAAAGUGUGCUAUUACAGCUGUUCAGGAUGCUCCUGCAGGCAGUAUUUUUCAGAAGUUAACUGGAUAUAAUCUUGUAAAAUUUGGAAACCUGAUUUCUGCUAUCAUUGAAAAAUCCUGGCCAAAAGACAGCCAUGGAAAUUUUGUGAAUUCAUGCGAAGAUGUGCUACCUCAUUUGCUGGAGUGGCCUGAUACCCAAAAUAUAUUCCAUCUUCAAGGAGCAGAUGCCAAGAUCAUUGAUAAGCUUACAAAUAAAGCCAAAGAAUUAUUAGAUACUGCAAUUGCAAUUCUGGAAACUACAGUCGAUGGGCUUCUGAGUGGAAACAUUUAUGUGCAGUAUGUGGAAUGUAUCUUAAAAAAUCAGAAAAACUUUUUGAAAAUAUAUGAAUUAAAAAAUAAACCCUUUUUAUCGGGGGAAGUGAUGAAGAAUAAGAUCAGUGCAAUGGAGUCAGUGCUGCUUUUGAGACGAACAGAAUUAGAAAAACUUGUAGAAGAAAAACUGUGGGUAGAGAGUCUUCUAAAAAUGUGCAAAAACAUUGCAGUGUCUGUUAAAGACAUUAACGGGACUGAUUCUAACGGACAAAAUAUGAGUCAUUCACCACUUGAUAGUCGCAUCAGUGUAGGAGAAAAUGAACAACCAUCUACUUCAGUUGACUCAAACACAAAUAGGAACAAUGAAAUUUCUUUGUGGUUAAAUAACAAUUAUGUUUUUUCCACGACUACGAAGACUACUACAGGUGAUAAUAAAAAGACUAUUGAAUUAUUAACAGAAAAAGCCAAUGAACUGAAUUUAGUAGUAAAAAAUGAUUCAGCCUUCACUAACAAUGACUUUGACUAUCACCGAAUUUUUAAAUCUAUCGAUGAAAAUAUGAAGACCAUAAAAGAUAGAAAAUUCAAAAAAUUAGAACGUGAUAUUAAUUCUUAUGGACAAGGCACAGCGUACCCUGCACCCCCUUUGUCUCAACAAUGGGGAGUGAAAUUAACACGUAAUCUUAUUAUCUGUUUUGUCUUUGCAGUUGAGACAGGUGAACUUGAAAUGAGACACCUUGAAGACUUUAGCUCAAAGUAUCUUAAUGAGGUUGUAGAUGUUCGCAUGAAAAAUGGAGACAUGAAACCUAAUGGUGAUGUCACUGUAAAAUACUUUGAUUUGAAUGAUCAGGUAAAAGACAUGGCUAAAACAAUGCACACAUUUAAGGACAGCCAUGUUUUCCAGAUCUGCUGGGAGAAUGAGGCUCGGGGACUGGCAAGUGAAGAGGCAGACAUGGAAGAAUCCUCAGCACAGACAAAUUCUGUGAUGGAGCUCAGUGAAGUAUAUACUCUGAUAUUUGAUCCUUGCUAUGAAAGGUACAACCUAGUCUAUCAUGACCUUAGAAAUGCCAGUUUAACCUUUUCUGAGGUUGAUAGUAUCUUAAGAGAUUAUAAGGACCAAUAUGAGGAUCUCAAAAAAGACCUGCUGAUCAUGUCCCAACUGGAAACUAACAGCCAAAAGGGCUGGAUUGAUGAGAGAGUACAGCAGAUUCAGCAGUACCAUCUGCUCCAUCUAGCCGUUGAGUCAGCACGAGUGAUAAUGGAUGUUCGAUCUGCCCUUAAUGUUACUGGUGAUUUCAGAAUCCUUCAGAAUUUGUUAAGUUGUACUGAGGAAUCUUUUAAGGAAGAACGGCUUGAUUAUAUAAGUGAAGACCUUGUGGAAACAAGAAAACUCUUGCAAGAGAUUACAGAUGUUCGCAGGUUGUGUUUACAUGAACUUGGGCAGAGGAAGAACUUCAUAAACUGGGUGAAAGAAGCUCUUGAAGACAUUAACGAACUAAAGGUGUUCGUGGACUUGGCAUCAAUAUCUGCUGGUGAAAAUGACUUGGAUGUGGAUAGAGUGGCUUGCUUCCAUGAUGCAGUGCUAGGCUACUCGUCAUUAUUGUAUGAGCUAAGCUCAAAGGCUGGCUUUAAAGAAUUCAUGAAAUGUCUGCAGAAGCUUUGGAAGGCUUUGGACAGUGAUCGGAAUCUUCCAAAGAAACUGCGUGAUUCAGCAAGGCAUUUGGAGUGGCUGAAAACUGUGAAGGACAGUCAUGGAUCUGUGGAGUUGUCCUCAUUAUCACUAGCUACUGCAAUUAAUGAAAGAGGAAUAUAUGUUGUCAGUGGUCGCACCACUCAGAAGCCCUCCCUUGAAUCAGUGUUAACACUGAAGUUACCGGAGAUCCACGACGACAGUGAGGAGAUUCGGCAGUAUACUUUGGAGGAUCUGCGAGAGUUACAGAGCAAGUUGAUGUUGAUGUCAGGAAAAGGAGAAGGACAAAAUGAAGUUGAUCAGUUUUCAGAGGUAUUUUCUAAUGUUCAGAGACUCGCCACCUCCUUCAUCAACCUAUAUUCUGCUGGUAAUAUGCUUUUCCGUAAUUGGGAAGCCCAAGUGUUUUGCUCUUCUGAGAGUAAGGCCUGUGUGAUCAUGGACUUUAAUUUAGAGACACUUGGGAAAAUAAAGUCUGGUGGAUGUGUCACAGAGCUGCUUCCAGUCCUCUGUAAAAAAAUGGAAAUAUUUCUUAAAUGCUGGAAACAGUUUAUGGAUGAGAAAAGAUGCCAUUUGUAUUAUCUAAAUUACUUCACUGCUGAGCAACUUGUAUAUUUGUCAAAAGAGUUGGGAAAGAUGACCGUCAGUGAGGAAGCAUUAACCAUGCUCCUUUUCAUAAACCCUAUCUGCACAGGUUGUGAUGUCAGGGAUGCAUUAGACAAUCUGGAGCUGGAUGAGAAAUGUGGAUUACUGAACAGUGAAAGCAAGAUGGACUUUUCACUUUCUUCAUUUAGCACUGAAAGCCAGGGAUAUAGCAUAGAAGACAUGCAGUUAUACUUACUUACAGAAGAAACUUUGGAGUCCAAGCUAGGAAUGAUCUGGGACUGUUAUGUAAGCAAUAUGACCUCCUUUCUACCAGACUGUUUGAAUAUUGAUUCACUUGGGAAGUUUCUUGCUGUUUUGUCAUCUAUGGCAAAGAUGACAGUUAACAGAGAUUUACCACCAGGGUUGCAAGAAGGCUGUCCAAAUCUCAUUGUUUGCACUCAUUCUGACAUUUUAACUACUGCCUUAAGCAUAUACAUGCAAAACCUGCAACAGAGCCUGCCAAGUUACGACGAAGUGCUCCUGUGUACAGCAGAUACUACAUAUGAACAGGUGGAGCUCUUCCUGAGAAGGUGUCUAACUAAAGGCUAUCAAGGAAAGAAGAUUUAUACUAUGCUGUAUGCAGAUGAGCUAAGUUAUGAUGUGAGCUAUAAGUCAGAGCAGCUCUUUCAACAACUGCAGUCACAGUGUAUGGAAAAUUGCCGUCUGGUCAUCAUUUGCAAUUGUGACCGUGAGCACUGCUACAUGCCUUCUGCCUUUAGCCAGUACAAAGUGCACAUAAUUCCACAGCAGCCACUCAAAAACAUUCAAGCCUAUCUCCAGAAUCAUUACAGAGUGGCUCCACAGAUGGAGUCUGCAGCUGCUGUUUUCAAGGAGAGGAUGUUUGUGGGGAUUGUGUCAUCAAAAAGAGCUGGAGUUGGAAAAUCACUUUAUGUGAAAAGGAUGCAUGAGAAGCUGCAAACCCAGAGAGGAAACAGGAAUGCACCCCUAAAAACCAUCCGUAUCACUGAGCGGCAGGUGGAUGAGAGUAAGCUGCUGCAAGCCAUGCGACAUGACUUAGACUUGAGGGUCCAGAAUAAGCCAGUGAUUUUCCAUUUUGAUAUCACAUGUGCAGUAAGUUUGAAAAUCUAUGAUUUCAUUCUACAGUUGUUGCUCCUGAUGUUCUUCGUGAUUGCCAAUGGGAAGACCUGGGUUCGAAACCCUUGUCAUUCAUACGUAUGUUCAUGUUUAGCGAGGAUGAGUUCAGUGUUAUCUAAGUCUGGGUCUGCUCUGGUCACACACUUAACCAAAUUCAGCUUCCUUGAUGUCUUCCCAAAAAUCACCUGCAGAGCACCCAAGGAGGUACUGGAAAUGGAAAUGAAUGUGCAGGAGGGUCCAUCUCAAGGUUCAGCAGAUCCACUGAUGAACCGUGAGGAAUUUCGUAGUGAAGCAUUUCAGCGACCCUAUCAGUAUUUGAGACGUUUUAACCUGCAACAGAAUUUAGAUAACUUUAACUAUUUAAACAGCACUGUUGAAGGUUCUCCUGUAGAAUGCUUGCAGUUAUUUCUGAUAUAUUGUGGAGUGAUGGAUCCUUCCUGGUUAGAGCUAAGAAAUUUUGCCUGUUUUUUGAACCUUCAGUUGAAAAAUUGUGAAACGUCUGUGUUUUGUAAUGCUUCUUAUGUUGGAGACACUCUUCAAGGUUUUAAAAACUUUGUAGUUAACUUUAUGAUUGUAAUGGCAAGAGAUUUUGCAACACCUUCUUUAAACAUCUCAGACCAGAGCCCAGGAAGGCAAACUGUCAAUUUAGAUGGAGUCAGAGAAGAAGAUAUUGCACCAUUCCAGAUCAGGAAAAAGUGGGAGUCAGAGCCCCAUCCGUAUAUAUUUUUUAAUGAUGACAAUACUUCCAUGACUUUCAUUGGCUUUCAUUUGAGAAGCAAUGCAAAUGGAGGGAUUGAUGCUGUUACCCCCAAAGAUGGUAGGAUCAUCAAGCAAGAUGUUAUGACAAAGGAACUUUAUCAGGGACUGCUUCUUCAAAGGGUUCCUUUUAACAUUGACUUUGAUGCUCUUCCUAGAUGGAAGAAAAUAGAGUGUCUUUGUAUGGUAUUGGGGAUUCAGUGGCCUAUUGAUCCAGAUGAAACGUAUGAACUUACUACUGACAAUGUAAUGAAGAUUCUUGCUAUCCAUAUGAGAUUUCGAUGUGGUAUCCCUGUAAUCAUCAUGGGUGAAACAGGGUGUGGGAAAACCAGGCUAGUUAAAUAUUUAUGUGACUUACGAAGGAGUGGGGCCAUUGCUGAUAAUAUGAAACUUGUGAAAGUCCAUGGUGGUACAAGUGCAAGAAUGAUUUAUGAUAAAAUAAAAGAAGCUGAAACUCUUGCACUCUAUAAUAAGCAAAAUGAUGACUUAGAUACUGUUUUGUUUUUUGAUGAAGCUAACACAACUGAAGCAAUAUUUAGCAUUAAGGAAGCUCUCUGUGAUCGAACUGUGGAAGGAGAACCUUUAGCUGUCAGCUCUGGCUUGCAGAUAAUAGCUGCAUGUAACCCGUACAGAAAGCACACAGAUAGGAUGAUCACACGUUUAGAAUCUGCUGGAUUGGGUUACCGUGUCAAAGCAGAUGAAACUGAUGACAGACUUGGGUCCAUUCCCUUAAGGCAGCUGGUUUACCGAGUUCAGGCCUUGCCGCCAAGCAUGAUCCCUUUGGUGUGGGACUUUGGACAGCUUAAUGAUACAACAGAGAAGGUAUAUAUUCUGCAGAUUGUACAACGAUUAGUCAAAUCUACCUCAAUACCAGAAGAAUACACAGGUGUGAUAACUGAUGUGCUGUCAGCUUCACAGAGAUAUAUGAGAGAGAGACGAGAUGAGUGCAGCUUUGUUAGCUUAAGGGACGUGGAACGUUGUAUAGAAGUUCUUAAGUGGUUUUAUGAAAAACAUGAAAUGCUGUCAGACCAGAUGAAACUUUUUCUUGAUGACGAAGGUCAUGAAACUGAUUCUGACAAAGUGAUUUGGUCACUGUUACUUGCAGUAGGUGUUUGCUAUUAUGCAUCUUUGGAAUAUAAAAGACCAUACAGAAGAGCUAUCUGUAAGUACCUUCCAGAUCCUUACCACAGUGAGUCCACAGUAAUGCGUGAAAUCAGCCUGAUUCAGGAUCUGCUGCUGAAUGGAGUAAUACUCAGAGACACCAUAGCAAAAAACUCUGCUUUGAAGGAGAAUGUAUUUAUGAUGGUGAUCUGCAUUGAAUUAAAAAUUCCUCUUUUUUUGGUUGGAAAGCCUGGUAGCUCCAAGAGCCUUGCUAAGACCAUUGUAGCUGAUGCCAUGCAGGGUCAGGCAGCUCACUCAGACUUAUUCAAAGCUCUGAAGCAGAUCCAUUUGGUAUCCUUUCAAUGCAGCCCACAUUCUACUCCAGAAGGAAUCAUAAACACAUUUAGACAAUGUGCUCGUUUCCAGGAAGGGAAGAACCUUGAAGAUUAUGUGUCAGUGGUGGUGCUAGAUGAAAUUGGCCUAGCCGAGGAUUCCCACAAAAUGCCUUUGAAGACCUUGCACCCACUUUUAGAGGAUGGCUGCAUUGAUGAUGAUCCUGUUCCUCAUAAAAAAGUCGGCUUUGUAGGAAUUUCUAACUGGGCUCUUGACCCAGCCAAAAUGAAUCGAGGUAUAUUUGUGUCUAGAGGAGAUCCAGAUAAGAACGAAUUAAUUAAAAGUGCAAAAGGGAUCUGUUCUUCAGAUAAAGUGGUGCUGAAAAAAGUUGAAAGUUUCUUUCCACCAUUUGCAGAUGCAUAUUUAGAAAUUUGUACAAAGCAGACCAAAGAGUUCUUUGGAUUGAGGGAUUACUACAGUCUUAUCAAGAUGGUUUUUGCAGUUACUAAAGCAUCCAAACAAGAGCCCAGUGCAGAAGACAUACUUCAUGCUGUCCUCCGCAAUUUCAGUGGGAAAGAUGAUGUUGAUGCAAUUCACAUAUUUAUGUCAAAACUAAGGAAAGGCAAACACAUGGAGGAAAUCAGCACCAUUGAUAUGAUACAUCAAAAUAUGUAUGCAAGUUCUGAUGAUGGAGAAUGCAGGUACUUGCUAAUUUUAACAAAGAAUUAUGCUGCUCUUCAAAUACUUCAUCAGGCAUUUUUCACCGAAGAAUACCAGCCAGAGAUCAUUUUUGGUUCCAGUUUUCCAAAAGAUCAAGAGUACACCCAGAUAUGCAGAAAUAUCAACCGUGUGAAAAUCUGCAUGGAAACUGGGAGGUCUGUGGUGCUUCUCAACCUGCAGAACCUCUACGAAAGCCUUUAUGAUGCUUUAAACCAGUAUUAUGUAUUUCUUGGUGGGCAGAAAUAUGUUGAUUUGGGUCUGGGAACACACAGAGUGAAGUGUCGAGUUCAUGCACAGUUUAGACUGAUAGUCAUUGAAGAAAAAGAAGUAGUCUACAAACAGUUUCCCAUCCCACUUAUUAACAGACUUGAGAAGCAUUACCUGGACAUCAACACAGUCCUCAACAAGCAAGACAAAGAUUUAGUGCAACAACUUGAAGCUUGGGUGAAGCAGUUCUGUUCUGUUAAUUCUGCUCCAGUACCUCAGAAUUACAGCCCCUCUGAUGUUUUUAUUGGCUACCACUCUGAUGCCUGUGCUUCUGUUAUCCUUCAAGUGACAGAACGAUUGAGGCAGAGUAGUGAAAGCUCAGACACGCCGAUGAGAAUACUUGAAGAAGCUCAGUUUGUGUUAUUAAACAGUGCAACUCCUGAUUCAGUGGUACGACUGGGUGAUAAUCAACUUGAUAUUUUCACAGGAGAUGAACUCUUCAAAGAAUACUUUGUAAAGCAGAAGCACAGCUCACUCGUUGAUUUUAUUCAUCAUCACACCCAUAUGUCACAGCCUCAACAUUCAGCAUUUACUGAGGUUACAACAUUUUCAAGGCUUAUGACUGGGUUGGAUAUUGAAAGUCUGGAAGAAGUGAAUGAUAUAAUACCAAAUGUUUUAGUCCUUUCUUUGCAGCAGUUUGACACAGAAUAUUCCUUUCUAAAAAGCAUACGAAACUUCCUUGAAAAUGAUUGUGGAAACAAAGUCUUAAUCAUACAGAGUGACUUUGAAGAUGGGUAUCAGAGCACCAACUUGAUUGCUUCAGCAAAGUAUUCCGCUAUCAAUGAAAUCAACAAGGCACUGAGAGAGGAAGUAACUAUUUUUGUAUAUUUUAUCACAAAACUUCCCAGAGUUGAAGGAGGAACUUCAUAUGUUGGAUUCCAUGGAGGACUUUGGCAGUCUGUCCACAUUGAUGACCUCCGAAGGUCAGAGGAGAUGUGUGAUGUUACCACUUUGAAAGAGCUGACAAUCAGUCAGUUGUUUGAGGACAAUACAGAUCAGCCAGAACCUAUGAUUGUGGAUAAUGAUGAAGAGUCAUCAGAAGUUGAACAUCCUCUACAAUGUCGGGUACUAGAAACAACGUCAUUGGUGAGAAGUUGUGUGCAAAGUGCUGUUGGAAUGCUAAGGGACCACGAGAAGAAUGCCAGUCGUGGCACCAAGCGAGUAGAGAUAUUGCUUACGCUUCUGUCCGAGGAUGGUGAAUUCAAAGCCUCCUUUUUGAGCACUCUGAAGAAAAGGCUGCAUGUCCUUCUGCAGAAGCAGGAACUUUCUUUUACUGCAAAGGAAUGGAUGAUUCGUGAAGCGCUGAAUCUCAAUGCCCUUCAGGAAGGCGGAACAUUUAGGCACACUUUGUGGAAGCGGAUUCAGCGAGCGGUCACCCCUCUUCUGGCUCUGAUCAUUUCCAUCAUUGACCGUGACAGAAAUUUGGACUUGCUGAUUAAUCCCCAGUCCAAAACAUUUGUGAAGAAACUCUGGCUGGAUAUUUUCAGUAAUGUAAACCUUCUGGAUAUUCCACACAUCUGGAGUCAAAACAGCUCUGAAUCAGGACUGAUUCUUGUCCAAAAUAACUUAAGGUUUGACCUAGACGAGUACAACUUUAUGCCAUUCAGUGGAAGGGUAAAGGACUACCUGGAUGAACUGUGGGUGCAGACUCGCUACAUGGAAGGAUAUAGUGAAGAAAGGUUUGUGGAAAUUUUCAGAGGCACAGAUCUUGGUCAGUACAUUGCCCAGCUGUCCGAGGAGGAGCAAGGAGAACUUUUUCACUGGUACCUCCGUGACUUUCUGCUUAUGACCAUGCAUAUCUCUUCUAUAGAGGAGCUACAGGUUAUGCAGUGGUGUUUAGUGUCCUGUGUGAAUCAGCUGAAGAACCCCACGCAAGCUGACAUUGCCAUGGUGCUAUUGCCCUGGGUUCACCUGGCCUAUGAUUACUUCAAGACUCGGUUGCAGAACUUGUCAAGAAUUAUUGCUUUGAACCCUCACGUAAUUGACAAAAUUAUUUUAAAUGCAGAAAAAAUUCAAAGUAAUGAAAUGAGUCUAGACUUGUACUGUGCCCAAGCCUGCAUUGAGAUGGCAGAAUUCAACUCUUCAUUUCAAAACUACAACAUCUGGUUACAGCAAGUCAGAUGCCUGAAGACACCAGUUGAGUUGAUUUGUGCAGAUGAGAGUUGCCAGUCCUAUGGGCCCCACUGCAAACAGCUAGCCAAGCAAAUCGCGAGUGAUUGGAAUCGCCUAUAUUCCAUGGCCCUUUUUGUUGAACAUAUUCUCCUGGAAAGUGUGAAAAUGAGCCGGCAACUUAAGGACAUGGUAGUGAAGUUCACUGAACUGAUUGGCAAGUGUCUGGUAGGGGGUGCUGACUUAAAGACGAUCAGACCGUUUGAAGCCGUGAUUGAUAUCCUUUGCCAGUGCAAGAAUGAAGCAUCACAGCAGUUCUCCAGAUAUGGUCUGAAAGAAUGCCCUAUAUGUCUUGGAGAUCCAGAAAAUCCAUCCUGCCUGCCUUGUGAGCACAUCUACUGCAUGAAAUGCAUACAGUCCUGGCUGGCACCAGGACAAAUGAAUUGCCCAUUUUGUAAAACUGAUUUACCUGACAACUAUGAAUUGACGGGGUCUGAGGAGCUCAGAUCUGCAAUAAAAAAGAAUGCUGAUUUCCGCCAGUUGUGUAACAAGUUUUUUAUUGAUUUGGCCUCUACCAUGUGCUUCAAAGAUAACUUUCCACCAGAUAAGGAUGUGAUCCAAAGGAUGCUGUCCCUUUUGUUCAUCCAGAAGGAGUCUUCACUGCGUUUAUCAGGCCUCAAAACCUACACAAAGUCUCUCUCACCUUUUGAUGACACUAUAGAUAAGAACCCCAUGGUUCGCUCAGUGAUGCUGAAACUCCUUUUAAAGUACAGCUUUCCUGAAGUCAAGGAACAUCUACAGUCCUACCUUCAUUUUGUGGAACGUUACCAUAUCUUAUUUCCAGAAGAGCAAGCUAAACUUUAUGCACUUUUUGUUAACUGUUUUGAGGAUUCUAUGUAUGAAAAGAUAAGAUUCCCUUCUGUGAUAGAAAACGGAGGUUGUCUGUAUACUGAAAGUAGCUUCCUUCUACAUUACCUUCAAUAUCGAAAUCAAAACUUUGACCAAGAGGUCUCAGUGGAUAGCCUGAAGGAAAUUGCAAGGAUUCGAUUCUGCUUGGAUAUGGCCGCAGAGCUGCUGUUUGCAUUGCACACAGCUUCUGAAACUGAAUUGUCACAGCAGAAAGAGAAGGUGAAUUUCCUGGAGAGAGUCAGAUAUUUCUGUAUCCAAAGUAGGAAUGAAUGGUUCCGUGCCUACCUGGUGCGCAAGCUGAACAACCGAUUUGGCAUGGAGUUUGUCCAUCAGAUAUCAAAGAGUGACAAGUUUAGCUGGGUAUUUCCUGAAGAAAUUCUGCAACAACAGAGGGAUCAGAGCUGCCAGAUAGAUCGUUUUCUUGUGCAUGGUGAUGAUUAUCGUCUCCUCCGUGACGAACUGGCCAAGGCGGUUAUUGAGUGUAAGACAGAAGGUGUCCUUGAAGCCUUGCAUAAAUGCAAGUGUAGAGAGGAGCAAAAAUCUGUGUAUUUUUUGCUGGCUGUUUUCCGGGAGGUCACAGUUCUUUAUGGAUCGAAAAACACUGCUGCUCAUCCCAAGCCUGAACAACUUGAUACUGUGGCCAAGAUUAUGCAAGACACCAAAUUCCCUGGCUCAGAUGCAUUCAAGGUUUUUGCUACUGGCCUGCUUAACAAUCUACCCCCAGAGCUUGGAGUAAGACCUGAACAACCCAGUUUUACGCUUAUAGUCAUUGAGAUGCUCAUUCAUACUGCAGGAGUCCUCCUUUGUGGUACGAGCCACAUUCUCACACCACUGAAGAAUCUAGCCUUUUCCCCAGCAAAUAUGGAGAAUUCAUAUUUGCCUACAAUGCCAGAGGACAUGUUGGCUGAAGCAGCAAAGUGGCAGGCCUUAGGCAAUCUGCGUUGGUAUGUGUGUCCAAAUGGUCAUCCAUGCACUGUUGGAGAGUGUGGACAGCCAAUGGAACGGAGUCGCUGUGUAGACUGUGGUGUUGAUAUUGGAGGAUUAAAUCAUGCACCAGUGCACGGAUUCACCAUUACUGAUGCAGCUCAAGACAGAACUCGGAGUGGUCAUAUUCUGGGUGACGCAAGGAUGAGAGAAGCAGCUGUAGCUCCAGAUCGACAGAUGUCAUCAGUUUCCUUUCUUCUGAUUCGUCUGCUCACACACAUGGCAAUGAUGCUGGGAGGCCUGCGGGAUCCACAGGCAGUUGGGAAUAUUAUAAAGCCUAGUACACCAAAUUGCUUGGAAUUUCUUCUGGCUCACAUCAGUAAAGAUAUUGAUCAACUUACAAGGACACUGGGAAAAAGCAUUGAUGAAACUACUAAUGUUGUUCAUCUUAUACUUCGCCGCCUCCUUCAGCCACAGCAACCAAACCAGUGGCUUGUUCAUUUUGAUCCGGCUCUAACAACCAAACAAAAACGAAACAAUUGGGAAAUGGCUGUCGUCAAUUGCAUCAUUACAGGAGAACUGAAGGAUUUGGACAGAAAUCUAAUGCAUGUGAAUAUGCAGAUUACCCAGGAUCAGCGAAUCAGCACAAAUCCUGUAGUAAAAAUUGUAUACGGAGACCCCAAAACAUUCCUGUCAAACCUGCCCCAGCAAAGUGCAUUGCACUGCAACACAGUUUGGAGCUGCAGGGAGAGGAUUUCUCUUGAAUACUUGGCACAUCUUGUGGAACAGAAGGAAGGGAAGGACACUGUACCUGUUUUGUGGAAGUUCUUGCAAAAGGAUUCCGAGUUGAGAUUUGUGCAGUUCCUGCCAGAAUUGCUUGCUUUGCAGAGAGACCUGGUUAAACGAUUCCAGAAUGUCAGCGAUGUGAAAAUCGGGAGGAUUGCGGACUUCCUGUUGGACAUAAAACCAGACUCUGUGAAACAAACAUUCCAAAACAGAAUCCAACUGUUUCUGAGGUGCUGGAACCAUCUAAGAACAUCACUAGCUACAAAUGGUGAAAUCAAAAUUCCUCAAGACUAUUGUGCAGAAGACCUGGGUUUUAACAGUGAUUUUUCAAUUCUUCUCCCAAGACGACAUGGUCUUGGUCUAUGUUCCACAGCACUUAUCAGCUACCUCAUCUCUUUGCACAAUGAUAUGGUCUAUGCAGUUGAAAAAUAUACAACCACCUUUAUUAAAUACUCCAUCAAUCCAUCAGAUUUGGCAGAGUUACAUGUGAUCAAGUAUGAUGCUGAACAAGACAUGGUUCCUGUGAUCCUGUCCAACUGUCAGUACAGCUUAGAAAGCAAAGGAGAGACCUUACAGGACUUCAAUCUGGAGAAGAUUGAGCAGCAGAUAUGCAGCCGGUUCCUGCAAGGAAAGCCACUCAUCACUUUAACGGGAAUUCCCACUUUGGUGUACAGGCAGGAUCGGAAUUAUGAGAACAUGUUUAAAGAUCUGAAGGCAAAAGUAGAUCAGGAAAGCCUUCCAAACUCAGUGCUCAGCCUGAUAAGUGGGGAACUACACUCCUACAGUGAUGUGUGCGAAAGUCUUUCAGUGGUGGAGGUGACCUUGGGAUUCCUAGCCAUGGCAGGAGGUGACUCCAACAUUCCAUUGGUAGAGUAUGUGAAGAAGGACUUAAGGAUGGAAGAUCAAGUCACUCAGCAUAUAGAAAAGGCAUUGAGUAGAUGCAGUUUAAAGCACAGCAUAGCUCUUUGGCAACUUCUUUCAUCCCGCAAGUCUGAAAGUAUGCUUCGUCUCAAAAGGGAUCCAUUUGAUGAUAUCAGCCCUAAUUACAAGAAGGAACUUAAACCUGAGCAACAGAGAUCACUGAAUACAUUCCUGUCUCAGACAGGAUUUGACACCUUUAUCCUGGAAUUGCAUGAAAUGUUUAUUAUGAAACUGAAGAACAUUCAGUCGAUUAAAGAUUUCAACCCAUGUUGGAGUUUGCGUGAGACACUCUUUUCUUACAUUGAAGGAAAAGGGGUAGAUGUGCUUCCAGAGCUAGUGGACACAUUCCCUGAAGAAAUCCUCCUGUCUCAGUGUAUUCCUGCCUGGAAAGUAGCUGUUGCAUUUAAACAGGAUCGUUUACAGAGAUGAAUUGAAAUGUUUAUACUACUGCAACAAGACUAUCUGUGUCAUAUUGAGCAAAAUAACUGAAAUUAAGAAAGAAAAGUUAAUAUAAACUGAUGUCUUUCAACAACUACAAUGAAUCACACCUGGCUGAUGCAAAUUCAGAAACCUGUCAUCCAUAAGUUUACUGAAAAUAAAUAAACAUCAGAAUAUUUAGCCAUAUUCCAUGGCAUUGCACAAUAUACUUGCAUUCUUGGAAAGAGAUGGCAAUUGUCAAGGCCUUUUUAUCCAUUAGAUGUACUGUACCUGAAACUGCACUAAAUGACUGGCCAAACUGUAACUGUUCAGGGGAAUAAGAAGAGAUGAUGUUGCUACUAUUUAUACAUUCUGUUUCCAGAGGCACUGUUUUCCAGAGGUCUGUAUGCUUAUGAUUGUGCUCAUGUCUGAGAAAGUGCCAAAGUGCCUUUACUGGCAAAAGUAAAACAGUCAAAAGUCUGAGAAGUAUGUAGGAGGUGGUGUUUUUCUGUGCAUAACUGCUAUUCUAUGGAAGAACUUGUUGCAGCUCUGUCCAUGCUGAAAAUAUAUAUAUACAGAAGAAGCUACUUACUUAGAAAACUCAGCAAAAAUUAGUUUAAGGAUAGCUUGAGUGGAAUAAAGACUACAGACAACUUUACUGCAAAAUUUGGGGUGGGAGUCAGAAAAUCCUUGUUAUGCCUUAUGCCCUGUGUACAGGCAUGUCGUCUUUCACUUGCUUUUUCUUUAAGAUAACAUCCUAAUCAUUCCUUAUUGUUUUCUGUUUACUUAGCAGAUCUAGUAAUGUUUGCAGAAAUCUUGCAAACUGCCCCAUAAUGAAACGUUAACUGAUUGUCAUUGUGGUAGGAAGGUAAAAUAUUUAAAUUUGGAGGUGUUGAAUGUAAAAUGCCAGUCUCUUUCCCCUGUAUAUAUGACAUUAUGCUAAAUAAAUUUUUUAGAAAAAAGAAUAAAUAAUACUAAUUAGUGAAGUAUGACAUUGAGUUUUCACCGGAUCCGGUAUUUGCAACAGACUAGUUAGUUGUUUUAUUAAGUGAGUAUGUUACUUUGUUAGGUGUUGUACAGGCUGAGCCAGGUUUAUAUGAUUCACUGCCAAUUUAGUCAGAGAUGUUUUAUAUAGGCACUUGACAUAACACAAAAGUAUGUAAUCAACAACUAGGCCUCCUAGAACUAGUUGAUCUAUACAGCUACAGUGUAGAUAAUGUAUGCGUACUUGAGCACUUUUUUAUGUUUCAAAAAUAACUGGAUAUCCAGGUGUUUAAGUGAGAUUGCUUGAAAUUUGAUCAUGUUGGUGACAUUUGAAUUGGCAUAAUCAUUCAUACGUCUGUGCUGCCAAUACUGUACUACCUCAGGGCAGGGUGAUAAUGGGGAGGGUCUUAUUACACAGUAAACUGCUGCUACUUUUUGUGUUGCAUUGCCUUUCACUCCCCCUUUCCCAUGUACCUGCCUUCUAUUAAUCAUUGGCUGAAUGCUGUCAGAUUUCAUACAACAUGUUAAGCAAAUUACUUAAUUUUGAUAAAAAGUUCUUCACACAGACCAGUGUGCAUUUUUGGCACAAUAUUAGUCGGGGUUUAAUUUUCUGUUCAAAAUUUUACUGUGGAAAGACAGUACCAUGAUCCUGAUGUCUUGACUGAAUCUCAUAUUUCAGUUUCCUUAAUUUAAAAUCGUACUUUUUUUCCUAGACAGUUCUGAGUCUCCUGGUUGUUGCCAUGAUGUUUUGCAUAUCUGAAGCAGUUAGUGGUCACGUCAUUGUUUUGUAUGCAUUCCUUGUCAGUUGUAAUAACCUGCCUUUUAAACCGUGUGUGCAUGUAAAAUACAGAACAAGAGAGAGAGAGAAUCAUGCAGCAUUAAAGCUGGACGCAUUAAAGUUUGGAAUUAGAUGGAGUGUUGCAAAAUAGUUAUUUAGUAUCCUCAGACAUUUAAGGUACCAGUUUUGUAACCAUCCAUUAACCAUUUCUGUCAAAAUGUCAUCAAAAUGCUUGAAAUUAAAUUUAGAUGUCUAAUUUUCACAUGCUGUUUGGGAAGUUUUGCUUAUGGACUUCAACCUGUUUAUUUUAGCAGAACAUUCUGUAGUUAAUCAAGUUGUUAGGCUUUUUUACGGUGAUGACAGGACUGGUCUGUGUGAGGUUCUCCAGUUGCAUCCCAUUUCCUUGGUGUUAGAAUGUGAUGUUAAUAUUUUAUUUUGCAGAAUUAACAUUUGAAUUUGAUGUCAGCUAUUAAUGUUCACACUUUUCAUGUUAUAUGCACUAAGAUCCCCCAUCUUUGCAUGUGCAGUGCUCGAUAACCUCAGGAACUCUCAUCAUUAACUUCACUAAUUCAAUCUUUCUUUGUCCUGCUGCAGUAAAGUAGAUUUUUAUUUUAAUGUAAUUUUUCUUUCAUUAGAAUGUGCCUUAUGUAUACAUUUUUUGCAUACUCUUUUUACCGAUUAAAAAUCCUGAUUAAACCAAUAUUUCACAUUUAA